CCGAGAAACCAACCAGACCGCACACAAACCAGGGAUCGCGCCGCGGAACACCAUGCCGCGAACGCUGCGGUCCAGCGGCCGUCGCCGCACGACGACUCUGUACCGAGAUCCAUCGAUCGAACGGGAAGAUUCGGGGGGAUCCUCUUCUUCCGGUGGGGAAGACCGGGCGUCCGCCGGAAGCGCCUGCGGGAGCAGCAGCGACGGCAGCAGCGGGAACGAGGGGGAACCCGUGCGGCGGCAGCCGGCCCGCCGGGCCGCUUCCGGGCUCCACCGGUGGAGCGGUGGCAACGACCAUCGCAUCGGCAAAGGCAAACGCAAAGGCAAAGGCAUCGGCAUCGGCAAGAGAGCACCGGAAUCUUCGAGCAGCGGGGAGGAGUCGGGCGCACCGGUCACGGCCGCCCCUUCUCUCCGCACUAGGAGGAGGAGGAGGAGCCGGGGAUCGAUCGGCCGGGCCGGUGGAAACGCCGGCGGCGACGUGCUGGCCGGGCUGCCGGCUCCCCGCUCUCGUGGUUCCGGGGCACGGGGGCGGACGCGGAACAAGCGGACGCUGGGGGACACGGACAGCGAGAGCGAUGGUGCGGACGGCGGUGCCACCCACAAGGGCAAGAGCAACGGUAGCAAAGAGCGUAGUUGCCAAGACGACAACGACAACGACAACGACAAAGUGAGCGAUUGCAGCGAGGAGCAAAACAGAGAAGCCGGCACGCCGAUGCAAACAAGGAGGAGCGGCAGGAAAGCCUACGGACGGAAAACGACCGCGGUGGCCCGGGCUGCCAGGAGACCCGUAAAGCGAAAAAGAGCCGUGCAUUCCUCGGACGAGGAGUUCGUUUUGGACUCGGACGAAAACGAAGACGAAGACGAAAGCAACGAGUCUCUGGGCAACGACACCGACGAGGACGACGGUGCCUGCGUGGAGGACGACAUUGGGGCGAUCGGGGACGCCGACCUGUCCGAAGAAGACGACGCGCGCGGUGCUCUUUCGAAGGCCUUUGCCAACAUCGACCACGAUCCGAUUGGCACCGCCGACGACGACAGCGACUCGGGCAACGACGACAACGACAACGACGACAACGACAACGACGACAAACGACCACCCAACCACCCACGGCCGGGGGCCGCGCCGGCCGCCAAACCCACCCGAACCGAGAUACUGCCCUCCCCGCGCCGCACCGCGUGCGUUCCCUUUGGCGUUCACAGCGGAGACUCCUUUUCGGACCGAGAGGCCGAAGGGCGAUCCUGGAGGAGGAGGCUUUCCCACCGGUGCCCCGAGUGCCCGUCCACCGAGGACGCCAUCACCUGCGAGGCCCUGCCCAGGGUCCACGUCUGCUACCUUGCCCCGGACGGCCGGUCCCGGCAGUGCUUUGCCCUCGAGACCCUCCGGCAGAUCGCCCUGCAGAGCGAACAGCUCUUCGAGCUCCGGGUCGACGUCGACGGGGAGCGGCAGAAUUUUUUGCAGCCGCCGGCCUUUCGGACCACCAUGUCGGACGACCUCGUCGACCAGAUCGCCUCCAAGUUUGGCCGGGGCGCCCUGGACCUGCACGGCGAGUACUACCGACACCGGGAGAAGGACCGCCACCGCGGGGGCACCUGCAACGGCAACGGCGGCGGCGGCGACGGCGACGGGAGGGGUGCCGAAACCAUUUACGAUUCCUUUACGGCAUUUCGGGACCGGGUGAAGGACUAUUUCAAGAGGGGCAUGGGAAGCCAAGACAUUUACGUCUGCCCCCUCUGCUACGGACAGAUCCAUCGGAACAUGGUGAAUCCCCCGGACACGAAAAGUGACGGCGACGACGGCGGUGAUGACAACGACAAGAGCCGGAGGGAGGACCAGAACAAUGGAAACGGUGUCAAUGUCAACGACAACGACAACGACAACGACGAGGAGGCCACCCCGAGCGAGUCGGUCUACGACCCCAUGACGGUCCUGGGACACCUGGACAACGAGGAGCUCUCGAUCGCCUCCCAGUUUUGUUUCAAAAAGCUGGUGGACGUGAAGCGCCACCUGCGCGAGGAACACGGCGUAGACACGGGCGGCCUCGAGGGAAACGAGCUCUACAAGCGCUACAAGGUCCGGGCCCCGGACGGGCUGCUGCAGCGCUACCUUUGGAAGCAGAGGGGCCGGGUCCUGCACGGACACAUGCUCGUGUACUGGUACCAGGGGAACAGCCAGAUGUUCCUCCAGCUGCUGGACCUGAUGGAGCGCGUCGCGUACGAAAACGAAUUCGACAAAGACGACGACGACGACGAAAACGACGACGACGACACCGUUUCCGAGUAUGCCACCAAGGCCCGGGCAUUCUACGAGACCUUUGCGGCAGCGGCCCCCCGGCUGUGGAGUCGCAUGUCGCAUCCCUUUCUCAAGAGCAGCGACGAGAACAUGACGGACUUUAUCGCCCGGGAAGACGACGACGGGGCCGGCGGGUUCGUCGGCGAAGGGGAAGGCACCGACGAAAGGCCGAGCGCCUUGUUGCACCGGCAGCUGAUGCACUCCAUGGGGGAGGACUCGGACGAGAACGAUCUGGUCCACAAGCUCCAACGGAAAUACGCCGAAUCGGAAGAGGACGACGAUUCCGAUGGGACGGAAGAGGAACUGGAGCUCGUGGACCACAAGGACGAAAAGGAGGAGGACAAGGACGACUCCAGCGACAGUGGGGACGCCGACGCCGACGCCGACACCGACAACCACUACAGGGGCUACUAUUCUCCCAUUGAGGAAGAGAAAGACGAAUGGAUGCUGGAGCGGCAGAGCCAGCGAAAGCGGAGGCCCUCGCCCCCCGCGGCGGGGGGACUCGGAAGCACCGAUGGCCGCACCAAGACCCCCUCGCGCAAGCGGCUCGUGCGGCGCAAACCGGCGACCCCUUCCGUCGCUGCCGCCGGCCCUCCCUCCUCCGGGAGAAAGAGGGCCCUCCGAAUCCAAGAGAGCAGCAGCGAAGACGACGACGACGACGACGACUCGCUCUAACCGCCUGCUGCUGUCGCGUUCGCCGAGAUUUGCGAGUGCUGCGUUUCUCGUGUUUGGGUGCAGAAAGUACUAUGCUCCCACUUUUCUUCGAGUGGUGUCCAAUGAUUAUUGCAUACAAUCGUUUCUACGAAAGCACUAUUGCGAAGGACUGUUACAAUCGUCUACUAUACUGCCUUGUUACCACUCUGUUGCACGGACUAUCGGAUAUCAAUUGAUGCUGUUCCUGCGGGCGGAAACAAUUCAACAAUAAAACUGUUAGAACAAA